UUUUAUGCAUAAGAACUGAGUGAAAGUGAAAAAUUCAUUUGCUUCUUCCUUCAAAAAACCCAAUCCAAAAAAAAAAAAAAUCAAUUUUAAUUUUUUCACAUUAUUAUCACUUGUUUAAAUUCAUCAAUUCCAUUUUUUUUAUUGGUAUAGAAAAAAUGGAAAGCGCAUCAGAGCUUGUUGAAUUUCCAUUGUUAUCAACACCAAUUGAUUCUCACUACAGAGCUUCCACUAUUCCUUACAGAUUCCCUUCUGAUAAUCCUCGAAAACCAACUCCAACAGAAAUUUCAUGGAUUGAUCUUUUCCUUAAUUCCAUACCCUCUUUCAAGAAGCGUGCUGAGAGCGAUACUUCUGUUUCUGAUGCUGCAAAUAAAGCUGAAAAAUUUGCUCAAAGGUAUGCUGAUAUACUUGAAGAUUUCAAGAAAGAUCCCGAAAGUCACGGUGGACCGCCCGAUUGUAUUCUUCUCUGCAGACUUCGUGAGCUAAUACUUAGAGAAUUGGGAUUCAUAGAUAUCUUCAAAAAAGUCAAGGAUGAAGAAAAUGAAAAAGCCAUCUCCCUAUUUGAGAAUGUUGUUCGAGUUAAUGACGCCAUUGAAGAUGAAGGCAAGCGAAUUGAGAAUCUAGUUAGGGGCAUUUUUGCAGGAAACAUAUUUGAUCUUGGUUCUGCACAGCUUGCAGAGGUUUUCUCUAAGGAUGGAAUGUCCUUUUUGGCUAGUUGUCAAAAUCUCGUUCCUCGACCUUGGGUUAUCGACGAUCUCGACACUUUCAAAGUGAAAUGGAGCAAGAAGUCAUGGAAAAAGGUUAUCAUAUUUGUAGAUAACUCUGGUGCUGAUAUCAUUUUGGGUAUUUUACCAUUUGCAAGGGAGCUUCUUCGGCAUGGGAGUCAGGUUGUAUUGGCUGCAAAUGACUUACCUUCCAUCAAUGAUGUUACAUAUUCUGAGCUAGUUGAAAUCAUAUCAAAGUUAAAGGAUGAAGAAGGAAACCUUGUCGGCGUCAGUUCAUCAAAUCUUUUAAUUGCUAACUCUGGCAAUGAUUUACCUGUUAUUGAUCUUACAAGAGUGUCACAAGAGCUUGCUUACCUUGCUAGUGAUGCAGAUCUUGUCGUCUUAGAAGGGAUGGGCCGUGGAAUAGAAACAAAUCUCUAUGCUCAAUUUAAAUGUGAUUCCCUUAAGAUUGGAAUGGUCAAACAUCCCGAGGUUGCGCAAUUUCUCGGCGGACGUCUAUACGAUUGCGUAUUCAAAUACAAUGAAGUUUCGAGUUGACAAGUCUCAUUCUUUUCUCUACUAAUAUGCUGCAUAUAUGCAGUUCUCUAGUCUUAAUCUUUCAACUUAAUACUUCAAUAUUGUGCCUGAAGCUAAAUGCUUUCUAGAAUGUUAUUGUAGCAUUAAAAAAGGCUUUUACUUGUAAUAACAAGUUAUUUAUUUUGUGUACGUGACUUCUAAUGUGUAGCACUGAUACUACAAAUUGAAGACGUGUUCGGUAUUCAACAUGAUACUAACUCAUGAUGUUACAUUUAAUCAUUUUUCAUUUUCUUAAA